ACGGCAUGCACAAGAGAUGACUGAAUUGAAAGAAAGGUUCACACUCACUGAAAACGAUCUAAAGAAAGAAACUGCAGACAUGAAACAACAGCAUGCACAAGUUGUGACUGAAUUAACAGAAAGGUUCACACUCACUGUGAAUAAUCUAAAUAAAGAAAUGGACGAGAAAGAUGAACGGCAUGCACAAGAAGUAAAUGCUUUGAAAGAAAAGUUCACACUCACUGAGAAUAAUCUAAAGAAAGACAUGGACACUUUGAAAUGUUUGAUGAUGGAUACUCUGAUAAAAAGUAAAGAUAUCAAGCAGGAGGAAACAGGUGCUUCAAGUGCUUGUGACAGUCCGUUAAUUAAAGAAUUAAAGGCUUGUAAAGACAGUGAGACCUUGAGAAACAUCUUUUCAUCAGUUGUUGAUGAGUUGAAUAAAAGUUGGAGGCUUCUAAAGAGACAGAGAGCCGUUUGAGAGACAUGUACAAAUCCAUGCUUGAUGAUUACAUUCGUUGUGAGAAUCAACUUAAAACCGAUACUGGGGAGUUGAAUAAAAAGUUGGAAGCUUCUAAAGAGACAGAGAGAUGUUUGAGAGACAUGUACGCAUCCAUAGUUGAUGAUUACAUUCGUCGUGAGAGUCAGUAUAAAAAGGAUAUUGAGAAACUUCAAAAAAAACUAAAACAUUUCAUGGCAAAAGAGAAACAUCAGGAACAGAAACCAGGAGAGGCAGAGGACGGAGACACACAUCACAUCACACAGGUGGAGACAGAUUUCACUAGAAAAGAAACAGAUAUUAAUCAGGUAGAGAAAGACCUGGCUAGAAGAGAAACAGAUCUGGAAAGAAGAGAGAAGGAGCUGAAGCCCAGAGAGAGAGAAAUGGCAAAGACAGUUCGAGUUGAUUCAAAACAUGAGAUAAAAAUCAGAAUGGAGUGUCCUUUCUCUCGCGAAUACAAAAGUGUAAGAAAGGGAAAGAUAAAGAGCAGCGAGGAAGAUAAAGAUGACAGUAGGUUAAGUGGCACCGCAUCUGUCUGCAGCAAGGACUUUGACAUCCCUAACAUGUCCGAAAGUGAACAUGGACCUUUUGAUACCCUCUGGAUGAUCUGAGGGUUUCCAUGGACAUGAAAAACCGAAGACGUCAAGGAAUUCCAGAAUUGGGAUUUUCAAGUCAUGGAAAUUUCGAUAGUGAAUGUCCAUUCUUCUACUUAUGCUAAGCUCUGAAAUAUUUCUUUGAAAUAUAUUGAAAUAUUUCUUUUUCUGUUUUUGUCUGAUGGAAGUAGAUCCCCUGACCAGGGCUGUUUCAAGGCAUGUCAAACUAUGUGGGGCAUUUACUACCAUGAACCUGUUUACUACUUUACAACUGUACAAUUUGAAGGAUUAUUAUUAUCAUUAUUAAGCAUUUUAUGUUUUAGUACUGUGCAAACAUGAAAAUAGCAUUUAGAUGUUUUUUUUCCAUAACUUUCUGUCCCUCUCCUCCCUAGUGUUCUUCAAGAACAUAUAAUGUUAUAAUUUCGUAUUAUAAAACAACAUCUUAUUCAGAUUUUGUUCUUCAGCAAUAAAGCAUUCUUAUUAGCAUAACCCUUGUGGCAGAAUCAUGUAAGGACUUUGAAACACUUUGUGUUUAAAUGAUAGAGUGAACAAGUUGAAUUAUGUAAACCCUCCCAGUGCAUAUACACAACUUAUAACACUUAGUACAAGAUCUUGUCCAGCUAUAUCUGUGGUCACGAGCCACUACUGUAUUUAUGGAUUGUUAGAUUAUUAAAGAUUUCCUUCCUUCAACAGAUUCAAUGUCAGUUAGCUCCUUUGUGUUAGUUGCUUGUAGUGUAACUGCCUACUUUUCCUAAAGCUUGACUGCGCU